AUGUCUCGUGACGGGCACGGGCCCUUCGGCUCCAUCCCCAUCUUCAUCCUCGCAGCCGGACUGUUGCUGGCCACCCCGCCGCCAGCGCGAGCUGAGGUGAAGGGCAACGAAGGCGAUGAGCUGCCGGACGAGGACGGGUCCCGUAUCAUCGGCGGGAGACCCUGCUCCAUCAACCAGCGACCUUUCCAAGUCGCCCUCAUCAAGAGGGGUCAAAUCCUGUGUGGGGGAAGCUUGAUAGAUGCCCAAUGGGUCCUGACAGCCGCCCACUGCAAGCAGCCAACCAGGGACCUCAAGGUGUUAAUCGGGACGGACACGUUACGGGACGGGACGGGGGAAGUGAGGUCGAUUUCAAAGCUCCAGGUCCAUCCCGCCUACAACCCCCAGAAGAAUGACAACGACUUCAUGCUCCUGAGGCUGAACAAGCCCGUUCAGUUCAGCAAAAACAUCAAGAAGAUCAGAUUAGCCACGAAGUGUCCCAUGGACGGGAUGAGGUGCAGCGUCUCUGGCUGGGGCACAACCAAGUCCCCCGGAGCAAAGCUGCCCAAAAAUUUGCAGUGUGCCGCCGUCCAAGCCUUUGGGAAGAACAAGUGCACCAGGGCGUACGGGCACGCCAUCACCCCCAACAUGUUCUGCGCCGGUGUCCCCCAGGGGGGCAUCGAUUCCUGCCAGGGCGACUCGGGGGGUCCGCUGGUGUGCAGGGACGAGCUGCAGGGCAUCGUGUCGUGGGGCAUGCAGGUCUGCGGGCAGCAGGGCAAGCCGGGCGCCUACACCCGC